GCACCAAUUUAGUGUCAAAGAGGAACCUGAGGCGAAAGUGAGAGAGAAAAAUGGAGAGUAUUUGCAUUGUAGGAGCUAGUCCUUGUGUUUCUUCUUCUUCUUCUUCUUCACUUUCUUCCAAAACCAGUAGCUUAUCCUGCGCACCCUCUUGCAGGCUAAUCCUUAACCCCAUCAAGAAACACCAUAAUUUAGCUGCAUUUCAACCAGCGUUUCAUCUUUUUGCGAGUACCCAAUCGCGCUCCCAUGGCUCCAAAAGGAACCAUACAGCUCGUAUAUUCCUUCCCUACUUGGUUGCUUCCAUGGAGGAAGUGGAGGAGACAUAUAUUAUGAUUAAGCCUGAUGGGGUUCAAAGAGGACUUGUUGGAGAGAUUAUUUCAAUAUUUGAGAAAAAGGGGUUUAAGCUAACUGGAUUGAAGCUUUUUCAAUGCCCCAAAGAGCUGGCUGAGGAACAUUACAAGGACCUGCAAUCCAAAUCAUUCUUCCCCAAGCUGAUCGAUUACAUUACCUCUGGUCCUGUUGUCUGUAUGGCCUGGGAGGGUAUUGGUGUUGUAGCAUCUGCUCGCAAGCUAAUAGGAGCAACUAAUCCUCUAAAUGCUGAGCCAGGGACAAUCAGAGGAGACCUUGCUGUUCAAACUGGAAGAAAUGUGGUACAUGGAAGUGAUAGCCCUGAAAAUGGCAAGCGUGAAAUAGCUCUUUGGUUCAAAGAAGGUGAACUUAGCUCAUGGACACCAGCUCAACAACCUUGGUUGACAGAAUAAUGUCUCAAGGAGAUAUGACUCAUCACUAGGAUGUGGAGGUUUCAGUUUCCUUAAUCUGCAGGGGAAGGAUGAAUUCAAUCUUGUAAUACUAUCAUUCUGCCAUUGCAAUUAACGUUUCUUUAAAAAAAAAUGUGUGCUUGUAGUAAUUCUAAAGGGCUCAUUAGAAGAGCUUGAACAUCUUCUUGAAUGAAAUUGGACGCAUUAUGGUAUACUAAAAACUUUUGAUUUCA